GAAUUCCCUUUGCAAUAAUAGUCAACCUCAACGGAUUAACCAACGCGGGUGAGGUAAUUUCUUUUGUCUUUUUAUUCAAGUGUUAAAGGUUCUCUGUCGCAAUAACGAACUAUAGCCAAAUGUGCCACCUGUAUCAUUCAUUUUGCUUUAUAUUGUUGCAUUCAAUAGACAACAUCUUGUACUAGCUAGUUCAUUAAUAACACCGACUUUUGUUUCUUCUAAAAAGUUAUUAGGCUAUAUGAAUGGACUCCACUGAAGGCAAGAUAUAAACUGUGGUGGCCAAUUAUUCUAAAUUGAAAGAAAUAUGUGAAAUUGUUUGCCUUUGUAUUAUACUCAAUAUUGCCUUCAAUAUUCGUAAUUGGUUAGUGGUAAAUGUAAUGAUAAUCAUAUCUAAACAAAAUGAUGUUAUGUUAUUUGGGUAUGGGAUUUUUUUUUCUGUUUUGGUUCUGUAUCAGGAAAAUAGCCCAAAGAGUAUUAAUGAAUAUGUUAUAAGAGACAAUAAUAUAUUUCAAUUAUGUAGAGAGAGGGGGAUAUAUUUUAGGUGGGGGGUCUCCAUGUGAGAUCAUGCAAUAUAUUAAUUAACUGUAAGUGAAUAUAAAGCAGACACAGUUGGUGUACAGUAUUUGUGGACUCAUCGUUAACGAGCCUGUUAAUUAAAAGCAAGCCAAUCAGCAGGGAUGUGAAUGUGAUCACUAUGAGAACUGUGGAGAGACCUGACUGUGAAGCUCCCAGCAGGGUGAUCUGGGGGCCACAUCCAGUCCAAGAUCACUAAUGAGAGAAAAUUCAUAGAAAAUAAUAGGAAACUCAAGGACAAUAUGGAAUGAUUAAUCAUGACUUUAUGGUUCCCUAACCAAGCCUUAAUUCCCAUAAAAGUAAUUCCCCCCAUUCCACUUACUUCUACACUAUCACCAUGCUGCCUCUGUUCAUAUAAUGGGUGGGCUUGGUAAAGUAGUGAGCUGUGCCAAUAUAGCAAAUCUCUUCCAUUAUGGACUACAUUGGUGAUCAACUAACUAGUGUGGCCACCAUUUCCAUGUCCUAUAAUGAGAGUUAUAGUGUGAUAUGCUGUCAGCCGUGAUGUUUUCAGGUUCAAGGUUGGUUCAGUCUGAUUGGUUGUUGUUGUGUUUUGGUUUUUGAACAGUGGCCCCAGCUGGUCUCCUUAUGUGACAUCAAAUGAGAGAGAGAGAGAGAUUCCACUGUCACUCUGUUCCAAUUAACCCUGCCCUGGAUAAAUGUUCUCUCUCUCUCUCAGUUCUCCCCCCCCCCCCCCCCCCUCCGUCUCUUUGUCUCUCCCAUGUCUUUCUCUCUCCUCUCAGUGGGACGUCUGUAGCUCUGUUCUCCUGGUGCUGUUUGUGUCUCAGAGCGUUGCUGGAACGUGUUUCUCUCUGCUCUGUGGGUAUCUGGAGGAGGUUGCCCCGCUGUGAGUGUGUGUGUGUGCACUGAGCAUGCUCUACGGGAAGAUCAGGGCCACAUUGCGGGAUGUCUGUGAUGUUGCUGUGCAACCGUGGCAAUGUUCGAUCUCGCACCACAUCUGUUGUACCUGCAACGAAAUUGCCACAGAAUCAGUUUGUGUCUCUCUGCGUCGGCUCACUUGCUGACAGAUGGGCCUUCCUUAUGGCUCUUAUCACACUGAGCAGUUUCCAGGGGCUCAGCGGAUAAUGCUGCACACUCAGAGCUGCAAAGCUCCCAGUUGAUGGUAUGAAAUCUCCAAUAUUGUUCUCCAGAGAAAUGAAUAAUUAAAACUGUUUAAAUCAGUGGUCCUAAAACCCAGAAAUGAGUUACCUCUGGUUCGUUCAGCCAUUCCUAUGGGGAAAAUGAAUGGGGAAAGAAUAGGGUUUUGGGAUAACCUCAGGCCUUAUCUUUGGUGUUUAACACAGGCUUAUACAUUUUGUUCUAUGAGAUAAUAUCAGUCAGUUAACAUGACCUUUAUGAAUUAUGAAGCUGUUAUGUGCUUAAAGUAACAAAAAGUGACUUUAGCUGAUGAAGAUGAUCUCAUAGAACAAAAUGUAUAGGAUAUCCUAAGCCUGUUUACCACAGACUGUAUUUUCAGCGUUUAUCCAAAAACCCUACAAAAACUCCAUUCAUUUUCCUAUAGGCUUUGUCCAACUAACCAUGGUCGAGUUAGUGCCUACAAAAAGACGCCAUUGCUAUUGCUCUUUAUUGAUUGGGCAGUUGAAAUGCUACUUGCUGAAACAAACUUUUAUAGUGCUUUCAGCAGCUUUCCUGAAGUAUUUGUUGAGAAAUCAGAUGGAAAUCAGACUUAUGAAAGUUAAGUGUUGGUAAACAUUGAGAACCUUAUGUGUUACAUACAUGGCAAACACCUGAUGAACAGCAUAGGUUAAUCGGCUAAUAGAUACAUGACGGCAUCAAUUGACCCUUUAAGUUUGCCAAAUGAUUGAGAAAUCGAUACUUUCUUGAGCGUUUACAUAUACAGGCUAUUGAAUUAUCUUUUUCUAUGCGUUCUUAUUUUGACUAGAGUGUACAGUUAUCGCAGUGGAUCACCAGCUGUGUUUACCACAAGACCUCACAUUUGGUUUUGUUUUGGGGGUGGGGGGGUUAUUGGCAUUGUUCACUGGAGGAGCAAAGAAAGGAUGGUGAAUUAGUCAUGCGUUUCUGAUCUGGUUGGUGUGAAGUCUGUUGUUCUCCAGUGAGCCGUAUGUGACGGGGACAGGGACCAGAGUCCACCUGAGCCCAGCCACCCCCUCCCUUCCUGACUUCCCAUUGUCCUCUCACUGUCACAUUACACAGAAGGCACACACUCUGCAACCUGAUGGAACACUGCUAAUCAGGUAAAUAAUCUGAUAGAAAUGUGCUUUUAGACAUGGCCUGUAAUCUCUUUGUGUAAACCGAGAAUGAUUCCGGGCGUUUUGGGGUCUUUGUUUGGUCGUUCAUCGUGGCCAGGCUGGUUGCUAGGAGAGACAACAGGACAGGAGCAGAUGGCUUCUGGAGGCUUGUGGCCCAGCAGGUGAAGUUAUCUAUGCACAUAAAACAGAGUCUACUGCCAGCCCAGUGCCUUGUACCUCCACUGCUUCGCCUCACCUUGCCUUGCUGCUCCCCUUAUUACCACCAAGGCCCUCUUCAAACUAUCAUUUCAGCUGUGUCCAUGAUCUGCUGUAAACUGGGCUUUUGUGAAGCAUGUCGGGGCCUGAUAUCGUUGAGGAGAGAGGUCUCAGAUCUCAGUGUUUAAUGAACCAGCCCUCAGAGGUGGCCCUUUGCACUCUGCUGCUAGAUUACCCAUCAUCACUGGACCUACCUCUGUCUGAACACUAAUUCAUCUCUAUUGUUUUAACCCAGCUAGCGGCCUGCAAUUCAUGAUGUGCAGUCAUUCUACAAAGUCCUCCAGAAUCUGUGCUACCGUGGUUUCUUCUUCCUCAGUUUUUCAAUAGGUUUUUCAAUACAUUCACAGUUUUCCAUGUAUAUAAACUGAAGGUACACCACAUACUGUAUCCUACUCCUACUCAUGCACUCUCAAAGCCCUCUCUGUCUUCAGAAAGAGUUUCAUGCUUCUCCACUAUCCCUCUAACCCUGCUAAUGUGGCCCCCCUGGCCUGGCCACUGCCUCAGCGCCAGAUGCUAACCCCUGCUGCGUCCUACCUAUAUCACACAGCGCUGUAUAAUACACUGUUUAGUAGGGGCUGCUUAUCAUCAGAAAAUGCUGAGAACUCCACCCCAGAGUGUUCUAUUACCACCCCCAUCCUGAGUCUUCUCAAAGGACCACCUGUUAACGGCUACAUGAAAGGGCCAAAGGAGAAGGGGCUCCGCUAGGCAAAGAUGCUCUUUGCCUCUCUGUGCCCCUCUCCGUCACCCACUGCCUUCCUUUUAAGGCAACAGGGCUAUUCAGGCUCCGACUAGCAGUCCACUCCGUUUCUAUGGAGGCGCCCCUUUUCUCUUUGUGUGAGAUAAAAAUAUUUGUGGUGCCAUUCAAUCAGGCUGCUGCUCAGCCUCUGUGUCUGUGCCCCAUUAUCUGCACACUCAUUUCAGAGGACUCUGUGAUCUCCAAUAUGAGUCUGGGCUCAGUCAAUAUGUACAGUACAUCAUGUGCAUUUUGAUUAUUUUAAAUUUGUAUGAACUGGUUGAUUGGUUCAUUUUAUCAGCAAGGCCUCAUGGAUCUCACUCCUCCAGAACUGAGCAGACCAACAAGCUAGAGUGUUUUCUAGCAAUACCAGUUUUCUGGGAAGUCUCCCCAUUCUUAGAUUAAAAAUACCCUUCUCAACCACAGCAGUGUGUCAAAUGUACAAGGCUGGAGGAUGAGAUCAAGCCUGACCAAACACUUUGUGUGGGAUAUGGCACAGUACCUCUCUCUCAGACACACACUGUAAGGUUGGAGAAGAUAAAGGUCUCACCUCAGCAGCUACCGUCCCACUGUUGUUUGCAAACUGCACAGCGGGUAGAACUCCCUGUAGAGACAGGCAAGAGAAAGCAGUUUGUGUCUAAUCACCCAGCAUGCCUGCUUGCAAUAGCACCACACAUUUCCCUUGACAGCAGUUGCUUAUUUUCCUCCACAUAACGCAAUCUCCUAGUCCUGGCCUGUUUUCGAAGCACCUAAAUAACCCACUGUAAACCUCAGGGUGGAGUGUUUGAAAGUGUGUGUGUGUGUGAUUGAAGAGGAAAGGCUAUCGACCCACAACACCCCAGCAGCAGCGGGUCAAUACUUCUCCCCUAUAGAUUUUCUGUAUGGGCCGCACCGUUGUCCGACUUUAACAUAAAGGAUUGGCCCGCCAGUCAUGCUGCAUUGCCAGGGCGAUGGAUGGUCCCGACCCAUCAGAGAGGAACAGAAAGCCCACCUUGUUCUUUUAAUAAACAACCCAAAUGAACUCACAUGAACUAGACCAGGGGGUUAGAAACAAGGACUCUGACAUUUUACUAGGACAUCCUGAGUUCAAUACAAAUGAAGAUGGUCAAUUAGCUAGUGGGUAUUAAUCCUCAGGAUUCCUUGUGGCCCAUGCCCAUAUUCCCAGAAAAUCCACUGUACCAAUCACCUUUUGAUCUCCUUAGUGCAGUCAGUGGCAGUGCCACUAGUUGGGUUAUGUCAUUAUUUCUCAGUCACAUCGACCUCACACUCGAUUCUUACUGUUAUAAUAAAUAGACAGGUGGGUUGGAGAUACAGCUCCUAGAGCCCACAGGUAUACAUAAUACAAGGCUGUGGUGGAGAACGGCUGCAGCAUCUUAUGAUGAAGAGGAUGUUCCAAGGCCAAAGACAGACCGGGAAAGGCAUUUUUACAACACAUUUUUACAGCACUAAGGGUCUGUAUGUCUCUGUCUCUAUAUGCUCCUAAAGAGCCACUGCAGUUUGAGAGGCUAGCACAAGAGGUUAAUGAUUACUGCUAGGACUGAUGAGUGCUGCCGUAGCAUAGCAUCAGGGAUGGUGGUGGGGUGGAAGGGUGAGUAGGCUAUGAUAUAGUGGUACUGAGUGUUUCUGGGAACAGAGGACAAGGGAACAACAUACUGUCUGGGGCCUUCCGAGGAGGAUAGUGUGGCUGCCUGGUGGUGGACUCCAUGGCAGAGGAGGAUAGUGUGGCUGCCUGGUGGUGGACUCCAUGGCAGAGGAGGAUAGUGUGGCUGCCUGGUGGUGGACUCCAUGGCAGAGGAGGAUAGUGUGGCUGCCUGGUGGUGGACUCCAUGGCAGAGGAGGAUAGUGUGGCUGCCUCGUGGUGGACUUCAUAGCAGAGGAGGAUAGUGUGGCUGCCUCGUGGUGGACUUCAUAGCAGAGGAGGAUAGUGUGGCUGCCUUGUGGUGGACUUCAUAGCAGAGGAGGAUAGUGUGGCUGCCUCGUGGUGGACUUCAUAGCAGAGGAUGAUAGUUUGGUUGCCUGGUGGUGGACUCCAUGGCAGUGGCUCAAAGCCACAGGCAGUCACAGAGGGAUAUCACACCAAUCAGCUGUGACUGAUGUUUCUCCAAAGGAAAGACUGUUCUGUAGGGAUUACAUAAAACAUGACGAGGAGCCAAGUUUCUCUACAUACUGUAUAUUUGAAUGUACUCUGGACUUUCUAAGAAGUAUAGUUCACCAGCCCAGUCCAUAGUGUGUCUGUGUCAUCAUAAUGUAGCUGCUUCUGUCCAUUUUGUCAAGUAAAAUAUAGAAUGAGUGUACUGAAAACUGUUGUAUUUUUACAGCAGGUGGCGCUGUGUUUAUAGAUGAUGUCUUCCACCUGGUGUCUGUCUCUGGUUCUCCUGGUCUCCAUUCUGGCCAUUUCACACAACGCCGAGCCCGGCUCCACACAUGCCAAGAGGAGACUGGCACAGCCCUCGCCAGGCAGUGGCAAUGCCCUCCAAUACCCUGAUCAGGGCUUCCAGAGUCACGGGCAUGGGCACGGCAGGGAGCGUGGAGGGGGGCAUGGGGGCCAGGGGUCCCACGGUGCCAAAGCCAGUACUGGGGCUGGGCUUCUCUCCCGCAGGCCACUGCACCCUGCAGCUCGGCCUGAGGAUGAUGGGACGGGUCUGGAGGGCCUGAGCCCGGUGAGACUGGAGAUGGGUCCUGUGGGCAGGGAGCAGGAGAAGACUCACGGGGGCUUCAGGAAUCCGUCUCAUGCCCGGGACAACCACCCUCUGGGGCCACGCAAGGGGAGAGGCCAUGGACAUGGGCACCACUUUGACCACAGGAGACAUGGAGGUCGGAGAGAUAAGGGUCGGCUCACUAAAGGUGAGUCUCUAAUGAAUCUAGGGUUAUCAGAUAAUGAGCCGUGAGCCUGUUUGGGAUUAGUUGUGUUUAAAUACCAUAAUGAGUUCUGAAAGAGCCCAAAUACUUAGAUACUAAUCAAUUAAAAAACAUAAAUGUUAAAUUCUGUGAUUUUGUCAUAGGGCAUUGAUAAAUUGAUUAAGUGUGUAGUAGUUGACCUUAUACUUAACAAUUAAAAUAUAUAUAUAUAUAUAUAUAUAUAUAUUGUCAUCAGGGAGAGAUCUUAUUAGGUGUAUAUCAUAAUGUCUGGCUGUCCUUCUCCUCCCCCACCCCUGUUCUGUCCAUCCCUCCCUCAUUGUAGGUUUUCUCCCUGUGCCUGAGCUAGGCUCUGUUCUGAAGAACAGGGAUAUGUCUGAAGAGGGAUCUGUCUCCUCCGCUGCUGCAGCCGCCUCCCCCUCUCACAGAUUGACCCCGCCCACUGAACCCCCCUCCCCCAUCUCCGCCGUCUUCGGCUCCGGCUCCUAUGCGGUUACCACGGUGAUGAGCGAGCAUCCCCCAACACUGCCCCCAGCCUCCACCAAACCCCAGGUACCCCAUAAAGACAUGAGUGCUUAUUACAAAUAACAUUGUCAGUUGUGCCUCAGUUUUGUAGGGUUUAUAGAGAUAUGUGUUCAUGGUAAAGAAAGAGCGACUGUAUUUCCUAUUUGGAAUUACCUAGGCUCUGUAAUGGACUUAAUGUAUCACAUAGCUCAUUAUUCAUCUCAGAGAAAUGAGGAGACAGGCUUUUUAAAUGACCUAUCAGUUGAGGGUGGCUGGAACAUAAUAGCCAAUAUGGUAGACUGGUCUCAAGGGUUUUUAGAUAUUAUUAUGUUAAUCUACAUAGCACAUGCCUCGGGGGUCAAGUUCAUACCAUCAUUGGUCAAGUAGUAGAACACCCUCUCUGUUACUGUCUUUGUUAUUAUGUAUUCCUGUCUGGUAAAUCCAUAUAUUGAAUGUACUGCUUGGAGCACCAUGUACAUCUAGGAGGCAAUGUGUGAGGAAGGGGGUUAUAGAAGUGUGGUGGGCGUGGUGUAGCUCUCUGGCCCCUCCUCCUCAUAGACAUCUGUCAGUCACUUUACAUUUGAUAUUUUAGUCAUUUUAGCAGACGCUCUUAUCCAGAGCGACUUACUGUUAGUGAGUGCAUACAUUUUCAUACUGGCCCCCCGUGGGAAUCGAACCCACAACCCUGGCGUUGCAAACACCAUGCUCUACCAACUGAGCUACACGGGACUUUCUCCCAGCAUGCAGCCUGCCAUCACAGUGAUCACACCCACAGAGUUAGAUAUAUUUUCUGCUCCUCACAUACAAAUAUUCCUUCUCAUCUAUCAUCCCUCUAUUUAUCACAGGAUGCUAUCAAACCACCAACACACUCAUUAGACUGGUUAACAACAGUACUCAGCUGUUCUGGGGAGCCUACUCUUUGUCUGUUGUGUUCUCCUCUCUAGGCCCAUGGUGUUUUCCUCUCCCAGGCCCAUAGUUCCAGAGUUACUGUCUGGCUUUACUGGCCUCUGUGAGUGUUUGAUGUCUGGUCUGUCUGACUGCUUGGUAUGCUGUUUACAAGCUGCCAGAGAGCCCUGGAGACCGUGUGCAUGUCUUUAUUCAGGAGCUGUCAGAUACCGGCCUGUAGUGGAUGCGAUAGCCUCGCUUGGAGGGGACCUGGGUUCAAUGACACAGGGAUGCUGGGAGUGUUCUUAAGUAAUGUUCGAUCCCGGCUGAUGGCUAAAUGAACAGCCAAGCACUAGUAUCCCACCACCAUUUAUCUAAUUGAUGUUCCUCAAUGUUUCCUCGGGGUGAGACGGAAUGAGCUGGGAUCAAUGUGCACCAGAAGCCUGGUUGGCACAGACCCUUAUUUCCUGAUAAAUGUGCUUCACAGGUCCAGUCUCUCUAGACAUCACCAGGAGACCUCUCAAUGUCAAAUUGACUUCAUAAUCACCUGUUAUUAUUUUGUCAAGACCAGAGGAAAUGCAUUAUGUAAAGAGUUUAGUUGAAGUUUAUGACAUCGGUUUUGGCUGAGUAAUCCUCAGAGGAGUUGUUUUGUUCAAUAUUGACUUCCGCUUAAAAUUGCUUCAGCUCAGGGUUUAAUAUUGAAGGACAUCGUUGACAGUGUUGGUAAAACCACAGCUGUGUGAUUCAGCACAGGCCUUCUCCUCUGACCAGUAGUAACACUACCAUCUGAUGUUUGGUAUAAUGUAUGUAUGCUGCCUCAGGGCCAUAAACAGUGUAGUAGGUAGCCAUGUCCUCAGUAAAGCACUAAGGGGUGUGAAGUCCUGGGUGUCCACAACUAACAGGCCGUUUUAUGGACCAGGUGGCAGUGCACAUCAACACCCCAACAGAAACAUACUGGAAUGUAGUUAGAGACCAAUGGUAUGAGGCUAUAAUGGGGUAUUUUCUCUGCAUUAUAGAAGUCUGGCCAGGGGAAGAUGCAAGGAGAGGUGAUGCCCACUCUGGACAUGACUCUGUUUGACUGGACAGACUACGAGGACAUGAAGCCAGUGGACGCCUGGCCAUCCUCCAGGAAGAAAGGUCAGCACUUUAGAUGUUUUGAGAAGAUACAGCUACUGUUAAUGUUGGUGGAAAGUCACACAUGAAUAUGUGUUCACUCCCCCCCAAAAUUAAUACAGAUGUAGGAUCUUAAUUUGAGCCAGUCUACUACAGCAGGAAAAUAAUCGUGCAGCAACAAGAAAUCUGAAUUAUUAUGUGGAUUAUAAUUAAUGGACAUUUUUGUAGGGGUUGAUACAUUUUUUGAUACAUAAUGUGGAAAUUACAAACUUCAGAAUCCUUUUUAAACCUCAAAUACACUACAAAUUUAACAUUUCCUACAUUGCAGGAAAGUUCUCCUGCAACAGGGUGAUCAAAUUAAUGUCCUACAUCUGUAAUUAUCCCUUGGGAUGUAUUGAACACACAGCAUAGAAUAAGCACGUUUGAUAUAUCUGUUAUUUCCUUGACAUUUAAGUGUUUGCUUGAUAGUCCAUCUGUUAGUCUGAGCCUGGGUUGAAUCAUUCAGUCCAAGUACUUUAUUGGCAAUCUGUUGUUGGUUGUUUUGCAUGCUGAAGACAAGCGGCGCAGUAAGAACCUGAGCAGUGGCAACGUGACGGUGGACGCUGAUGCCAUCGAGCCAUGUGACCACCAUCUGGACUGCCUCUCAGGUCAGUGACUAAACUGUCACCCAUACACUACUCUCCUGACCCUUGACCUCUGACCACUCAGGUCAUGGUCUCCUGAACGAUCGUUAUGAUAAAGGCCAUGUGACGAUUGAAACAUUUGAUUUUGAAUUUACAACCGAAAGUCACUUGGUUUCUCCCUCCACCCCCUCCUAUAGGCUCCUGCUGUGACCUGAGACAACACGAGUGCAAGCCUCACAACCGGGGCCUCAACAACAAGUGCUAUGACGACUGCAUGUGCGAGGAAGGUGAGUAAGGGAUGUAUCAGGCGAAAGCCACAGAACAUCAGAAAAUGUAAGAGAGAACACAACCAACAUACAGUAGGUGAUUGUCUCUUUUUUUAUGUCAGUAGCCUGCUUAUCCAUCCUCUGAUAUUGUCCUAUUACUUUGUCUAAGGGUUCCGUUGCUAUGCCAAGUUCCACCGGAAGCGUCGUGUGACCAGGCGAAGGGGCCGCUGCGUGGUGCCAGAGUCAGCCAACAGUGACCAGGGUGCCUUCAUCACAGUGUGAGGGGCGACAGACACACACCAGAGGCCCCCACACACACCACACACUGAACAUGACCUCUCCCUCUGACAAAACAGACAGAACACAGGCUAUACAGAACCUGACAGUGAUAGUUCAUUCAGCAUUUUCAUACUACCAACUCAUAUGGUCUCCCCCACUUCAUGUACAUUAGGUCCAAAACAACAACUGUGCAGUGUCUGAUUAUCUGUGUCCUGUACAUAUGAAUGUGUUUUCUGAGAAUGGAUUGAUUACCAAUUGCUUUUCUACUGAUAAUGUUACACUACUCUUUAAAGGUAAUUAGUAUGAUAAGCAAAAAUGUUUGUUUGAGUUUCCUUUUAUAUGUUUAA